CGCGCGGGCGCAAAGACACGUGACAGCGUCAGUUCGGGCGGCUUGGAGCGGCAGCGUCGGGAGAGAUGUCCGGGCGCGGGAAGCAGGGCGGGAAGGCGCGCGCCAAGGCCAAGUCGCGCUCGUCGCGGGCCGGGCUGCAGUUCCCCGUGGGCCGCGUGCACCGCCUGCUGCGCAAGGGCAACUACGCGGAGCGCGUGGGCGCCGGCGCGCCCGUGUACCUGGCGGCCGUGCUGGAGUACCUGACGGCCGAGAUCCUGGAGCUGGCGGGCAACGCGGCCCGCGACAACAAGAAGACGCGCAUCAUCCCCCGCCACCUGCAGCUCGCCAUCCGCAACGACGAGGAGCUCAACAAGCUGCUGGGCAAGGUGACGAUCGCGCAGGGCGGCGUGUUGCCCAACAUCCAGGCCGUGCUGCUGCCCAAGAAGACCGACAGCCACAAGGCAAAAAGCAAGUGAAAUAGCCGAGGACGUCUCUCCCCUCAAAAAGUAACACAAAGGCUCUUUUCAGAGCCACCCACUUGCUCAUAAAAGGAGCUGUACAUCCUAGCGAAAAAACAAACGAAAGACGCCCGCCCACCGUCAUAUCUAAAGCUAAUAGAGAAAAUAAACACCCCUCCCCCCAAAGACCAUAAAUCCUUUUUAUUUUAGCUUUAAAAAAUUAAAGUAUUCCUAAGCACUUUGUAUUAUAGCUCUGAAAUUAGUAUAAAAAAUUUGAAAAACCUAUUAUAUACUAAGACGUGGCCUACUUAAAUUAACGUGGUUUAUUUAAUGUGAAAUAAA